AUGGUGGGAAAGUGCAGCUUAGUUGUCAGUGCUGCGCAAAUCCUAAUAAUCCUCGAUGGAGAUAUAGCUCAAUUGGUAGCAGAUGUGAUCAGAGCACCCAUGGUGGAAGAGGAUGCUACUGAUGUAACUCAUUGGUUCACUGCUUUGGUGCAAUUUAGGAUUUUUGCUAGACAUCAUUUUUGGUCAUCAUCCAAUGGGUUGAUGUCCUCACAGUUACUGUAGCAGCAGCAGCAGCAAAGACUGCAUUCUAUGCAAGCACCCAUGUCUCAUUAUCCUAUGGUUCAGCAGCAGUUAUUUAAUGUGCAUCCUCCAUCUCACAUGAUGAACAAGUGUGAACCUAUGUUAGGGAUGCUAGAUCUUAGAGAGCAAAGACAAAAACCGUACCACUGGGGUGGCAACAAGCAGCCAAUACGAUUUGGUCAAUCAAGCUUUGAUACAAGUGGCCAACAAAGUGAUAAUGGUUGGCCUCAAGUUCGUUCAAAGUACAUGUCAGCUGAGGAGGUUGAGAACAUUCUUAGAAUGCAGCAUGCUGCUACUCAUUGCAUUUAUACGUAUAUAGAUGAUUACUACCAUCAAGCAUGCCUAGCCCAAAAGUCUGUUGGAUCAAGGUUGAAACACCAUUUUUUCCCUUCACAUUUGAGGGAUAUGCCUCCACGUGCACGUGCAAAUUCAGAACCACAUAACUACUUGCAGGUUGAUGCACUUGGGCGUGUUCCAUUUUCUUCUAUCUGAAGGCCUCGUCCUUUGCUUGAAGUUGAUCCACCUUCAUCAUCAAGUGAUAUCACCUUUGAUCAUAAGCCUAUUGAGAAACCACUUGAACAAGAGCCUAUGCUUGCAGCUAGGAUCAUGAUUGAAGAUGGACUUUGUCUUUUACUGGAUGUUGAUGAUAUUGACCACGUGUUGCAAUUUAGUCAGCCACAAGAUGGUGGUGCACAUCUUCGAAGGAGGAGGCAGGUUCUUUUGGAGGGGUUAGCUGCCUCUUUGCAAUUGGUUGAUCCACUUGGCCAUGGCAAAGGCAGCCAUCCUGUCAACUUGGCAUCAAAGGAUGACCUUGUAUUCUUGCGGUUGGUGUCUCUUCCAAAGGGUCGUAAGCUUCUCGCCAGGUAUCUCCAUCUCCUUGUCCCUGAUGGAGAGCUGACACAGAUUGUUUCCAUGGCUAUAUUCCGUCACAUGAGUAGGACUGUCUCUGCAUGUGUGUGCAGCAUGGAUCUCAGUGCAUUGAGUGCUUGCCUUGCUGCAGUUGCCUGUUCAUCAAAGCAACCACCUUUGCACCUACUUGGAAGUUCUGUUGGUGAUGGUGCUUUCAUCAUCUUGAAAUCUGUUCUUGAUAGAGCAACAGAUCUCUUUACUGACCCUCACAUGGCUGCCACAUACAACAUGUCUAAUCGUGCUCUUUGGUAGGCAUCAUUCAGUUCCUUCUUUGAGUUACUCACUAGGUAUUUCCUGAGUAAGUAUGACAACAUCAUCCAUUCAUUGAUUAUCCAUGCUGCCAACAUAUCGGCUGUUGGGGCAGAGGCAGAAAAAGCAAUAAGCAGGGAAAUGCCAGUCAAAUUGUUUAGGGCCAGCAUUCUACACACAAAUGAGCAUCAGCGCAAGUUGUUGUCAGAUUUUGCACAGCAGUCCAUGCCUAUUUCUAGUUUCCAUGGACGUGUAACCCCAGAAUCUGCGCAGAGAUAA